AUGGAAAACGUUAAUCUCUAUUUCCCCUACCCCCAAUCCCUCCCCAUAUCCCCAUUUCCAAGCCACUCCCGUCACUCCCCUUCCCUCCGCCCCUACCCGAUUCCUCUUUCCCCAGGGACUCCUCAUAUCCCUUCCCUCCCCCUUACAAGCGUCACACCUCAUAUCAUGUUCACCGCUGUGUUUCCCCUUUCCUUAAACCCGCCCCAUAUCCCGUUUCUCAGUCACUCCCCAAUUCCCAAUCCCUCUGACUCUCCACCUUUCACUUACUCCCUCCGUCCCUCCUCAUUUUGCCCCCCCUCCGACCCUCCCCAUUUUCCCUUCCUUCCAUCCCGGCCCAUUUCCCCAUCCCUCACUCCCUCCCCAUUUUUCCCUUCCCUCCAUCCCUCUCCAUUUUGCUGUUCCUCUGUCCCUCACCCUUUUGCACCACACACACCGCCGUCCCUCCCCAUUUUGCCUUCCCUCUGUCCCUCCCCAUUUCCCCUACCCUCUGUCACUCCCAUUGCCCCUCCUCUAUGUCCCUCCACAUUACCCCUUCUCUCUGUCACUCCCUGUUUCCCUUUCCCAUACUCUCCAUGUUACCCCUUCCCUCUGAACCUCCCCAUCCCCCCUCCCUCUUUCCUUCCCCAAUUCCCCUUCCCUCUGUCCCUUCCCAUUGCCACUUCCCUCUGUCACUCCCAUUACCGCUUCCCACUGUCCCUCCCCAUUUCCACUGCCCUCUAUCCUUCCCUAUCUAGUCUCCUCUUUCUCACUCCCAUUUCCCCUUCCCUUUGUCUCUCCCAUUUCCCCUGCCACCUGUCCCUCCCAUUUCACAUCCCCCCUGUCCCUCCACCCGCCACUUCCCUCUGUCCGUCCCAAUCUGUCCUUCCGGAUUUCCCCAUCCCUCUGUGCCUCCCCAUCUCCCUCCCCUCUGUCCCUCCCCAUCUCCCUCCCCUCUGUCCCUCCCCAUCUCCCUCACCCUCUGUCCCUUCCCAUCUCCCUCCCCUCUGUCCCUCCCAUAUCUCACCACUCUGUCCCUCCCCAUAUCCCACCCCUCGUCCCUCAACAUAUCCCACCCCUCUGUCCCUCACCAUAUCCCUUCCCUAUGUCCCUCCCCAAAUCCUUCUCUCUGUCACUCCCCAUUUUCCUCUCCCAACACUCCAUGUUACCCCUUCCCUCUGUGUACCUGGCCAUCCGUGCGAAGGGACAUCAGCAGCCCGGCCCGGCCCAGCCUCCACAUUUCCCCUUUUCUCUGACCUCCCCAUUUCCCCUUCCUGUACAAAUUCAAUUCCCCUUGCCCCUGUCACUCCCCAUUUCCCCUUCCCUCUGUCCCUUCCCCAUUUUCCCCUUUCCCUCUGUCCCUUCCCAAUUUCCCCUUCCCUCUGUCCCUUCCCCAUUUUCCCCUUCUCUCUGUCCCUUCCCAAUUUCCCCUUCCCUCUGUCCCUUCCCCAUUUUCCCCUUCCCUCUAUCCCUUCCCCAUCUCCCCUUCCCUCUGUCCCUUCCCCAUUUCCCCUCCCCUCUGUCCCUUCCCAUUUCCCCACCCCUCAGUCCCUCAGCAUUUCCCCUUGUCCUGUCACACCGCUUAUCCCCUUCCCCCUGUCCCUCCCCAUUUCUCCUACCCUCUGUCCCUCCCAUUUUCCCUUCCAAUACCAGCCCAACAUUUCUCCUUGUCCUGUCACUCCCCUUAUCCCCUUCCCCUGUCCCUCUCAGGCACCCAUUUUCUCUGACCUUCCCCAUGUUCCCUUCCAGUACCAGCCCAUGUCCCCUUGUCCCGGUCACUCCCCAUGUCCCCUUCCCCCCUGUCACUCCAUUUUCCCCUUCCCCCAGUCCCUCAGCAUUUCCCCUUGUCCUGUCACUCCCCUUAUCCCCUUCCCCCUGUCCCUCCCCGUUUCCCCCUUUUCUCUGACCUUCCCCAUCAUUUCCCCUUAUCUUGACACUCCCCUUAUCCCUUACCCCUGUCCCUCCCCAUUUCCCCUUUUCUCUGACCUUCCCCAUGUUCCCUUCCGAUACCAGCCCAAUUCCCCUUGUCCCGGUUACUCCCCAUUUCCCCUUCCCCCUGUCACUCCAUCCCAAGUCCCCUUGUCCUGUCACUCCCCUUAUCCCCUUCCCCUUUGUGCUUCCCCAUCUCCUCUUCUUUCUCACACCACAAUUUCCCCUUCCGUUUUGUCUCUCCCAUUUCCCCUGACCUCAAUCCCUCCCAUUUCCCAUCCCCCCUGUCCCUCCCAUUGCCACUUUCCUCUGUCCCUCCCAAUUCCCUUUCCAUCUGCCCCUCCACAUAUCCCUUCUCUCUGUCGCUCCCCAAUCCCCGUUCCCAACACUGCAUGUUACACCUUGCCCCUGUCACUCCCCAUUUCCCCUUCUCUCUGUCCCUCCCCAUUUCCCAUUUCCAACACUCCAUCCACCCUUUCCCUCUGUCCCAACCCUUUCCCCUCCCCUCCGUCCCUCCACAUUACCCCUUCCCUCUGUCACUCCCUGAUUCCCUUUCCAAUACACUUCACGUGUUCCCUCCGUCACUCCCGAUUGCCACUUCCUCUGUCCCUUACCAAAUCCCCUUUUCUAUAUAACCCUCCCAUUACCCCUUCCCUCUGCCCCCACCCCCCCCAGUUUCCCUGCCCUUUGUGCUUCCCCAUCUCCUCUUCUCCUCCCCUUUUUGCCAUCCGUCUGUCACUCCCUAAUUUGCCAAUCCCUCUGUCCAUCCCCAUCUUUCCUUCCCUCUGUCCCUCCCCAUUUUGCCUUCCCCUCUGUCCCCAAUUUCAGACACGCCUGCGGCCCCCCGCUGACUUAGCUCACAUGUCUGGCGCAGAUAGGGAGGGUGGCGAAGAGGGUAUUGGCCGUGCUGCCUUAGUGCCGGAUGGUGUAGCCAGGGAGACUGCGACGUCCAAGGCAUUGCACAAGUUGCUGCACAAAAGAAAACUCACUCUCAGAUGUCACUUGACCACACCAUGGGCCAUCCUACGCUGCGGAUUGGCAAGCCUCAUGGGAGGUGGUUGCGUGCCACGAGACAGUGAUAUGUGCCGGGACAUUCCAACAAAGGGCGCGGUCAAAGUCCCCACGGCAUCUGCCACGCAUUACAACCCGUGCCGGCACGCUGCGGGAGCCCUACUAUGGCAUGACGCAGCAGGAUAUGCAGGCGGAACCACGAGCGCGGAUGUUGAGGAGGGUUGCAGGAGGAGGCAGUCGCAGAGGGCGAUGGGAGCAACGAGGGGAGCGGCGGUGAGGAUCAAGAACAUGCGACAUCCGGCAUGGGUGUCGGGAGGGGCCGACACAUGCCGACAAGCAGGGGAGGUGUGA